UCACUGCCUGAAACAAGGACAUUCAAAUGAUGGGAUUUAGGAACAAAGGCCAACAUUAAUUCCUGCUAGGCUGACAUUUUGUUCUCCGUUGGCUCCAUGUAAGUAACUUGGAUCACAGUAUCUGGACAAUCCACUUCACACAUCUAAAAGCAGGACAUAAAGCCUGUCCACCUGAGUGCAGCAGUGCCAUCUGGGGGCUAAGAGCAGGAAGUGUAAAAGAGGAGAAGUCCCUGCAGGAGGAACAACUGAAGAAACUCUUCUUGAUCCUUCUCUGACACAAGAGACCAUGGUCAAGCAAGUUGCAAUUAUUGGAGCUGGUGUGAGUGGCCUCACCUCCAUCAAAUGCUGCUUGGAAGAGGGGCUGGAGCCCACCUGCUUUGAGAGAAGUGCUGACAUUGGAGGGCUAUGGCAAUUCACAGAAUAUGUUGAAGAAGGCAGGGCUAGCAUUUAUAAAUCUGUUGUUACUAACAGCAGCAAAGAGAUGUCCUGUUUCUCAGACUUUCCUUUCCCAGAGGAUUUUCCAAACUUUGUGCCACACUCCCAAUUUUUGGAAUAUCUCAAGAUGUAUGCAAACAAGUUCAACCUCCUGAAAUGUAUCCAAUUCAAGACUGUUGUCUGCAAUGUGAAAAAAUGUCCAGAUUUCUCUACCUCUGGCCAGUGGGAGGUAACCACUGAACAUGAAGGGAAGAAAGAGUCAGCCAUAUUUGAUGCCGUCAUGGUCUGCACUGGUUAUCUCACUGACCCGUUUUUGCCACUAGAUACUUUGCCAGGUAUCAAAACCUUUAAAGGUAAGUACUUUCACAGCCGAGAGUACAAGAAUCCAGAUCUGUUCAAGGAUAAGAGAGUCCUUGUGAUUGGUGCGGGAAACUCUGGCACAGACAUUGCUGUGGAGGCCAGUCACAUAGCUAAAAAGGUCUUGCUCAGCACCACCGGAGGUGCAUGGGUGAUAAAUCGGGUUUUUGACCAUGGAUAUCCUUGGGACAUGGUAUUCACUUCUCGAUUUCAAAGUGCAUUAAGAAGUACCCUUCCAACUUCAGUUGUAAACUGGUUAAUUGGCAAAAAGGCGAACAGCUGGUUCGAUCAUGGAAACUAUGGUUUGGUUCCAGAAAACAGGACUUUCCUAAGGGAACCAAUAUUGAAUGAUGAGCUCCCAGGAUGUAUACUUACUGGGAAGGUAUUGAUCAAACCCAGUGUGGAGACGGUGAAGGAAAACUCUGUGGUGUUUAAGAAUACUCCAGAAGAAGAGCCUAUUGAUAUAAUUGUCUUGGCCACAGGAUAUACUUUUGCUUUUCCUUUCCUUGAUGAAUCUAUAGUGAAAGUUGAAAACAAUCAGGCCUCUUUGUAUAAGUACAUAUUCCCUGCACAGCUGGAAAAACCAACACUGGCUGUCAUUGGCCUCAUCAAGCCUUUGGGAGCCUUGGCAUGCACAUCAGAAGUACAAGCCCGAUGGGUCACACGAGUCCUAAAGGGCUUGAAUAAACUACCACCACCAGAGGUCAUGAAAGAAGACAUUAACACAAGGAAAGCAAAUAAAGCCACUGGGUUUGGUUUAUACUUCAGCCUGGUUUUGCAAACUGAUUGUGUCAUAUACCUAGAUGAGCUCUUAUCCUUCAUCAAUGCAAAACCCAAUUUGUUAUCUAUGCUCCUGGUGGACCCAUUAUUGGCUUUUAAGGUUUUCUUCGGGCCACUUACUUCAUACCAGUACCGUCUGACUGGCCCAGGGAAGUGGGAUGGAGCCAGGAAUGCCAUUCUGACCCAGUGGGACCGGACAAUCAAGCCAACCAAAACUCGAGUUGUACAAGAGCCUCCAGAUGCUUUUUCCUACCUACUCAAAGUCUUCAGCUUUUUGGCUCUACUUGUGGCUGUAUUUCUUAUUUUCUAAUAGCUGAAGCCUUUGGUUCCUUAGAACAAAUGCAUAGGGUGGUAUUCUAGAUCCUCCAGCAUAGCAGAUCCUUCACUCCUGUGGGUCUUUAACAGGAUAAAUAAUUUGAGGCCUUAUUCUCCCCACCUGGAAUCCAAAUGCACUCUAGAAACUCUAUGAAAGCCCUUUUGGCCAAUAGUCUCCAGGGUGUACUUCUCUCAACCUUGUUAAUCUCUAGCUGUAUACUGACCUCCACAUUCUACUAACCUAUUGGGAGGAAAGUUUUCUGCAAACCUUCAAACACUAUAUAAAUGUAACCUAAGAUUAUGGUAAUUGUCUUCAUCUUUAUUAUCUGCAUUUAAUGUCAUUGGAAUAAAAUAGUUUUACCUGAUUUGGGUAGUUUCAGAGGAGAUAACCAAUUUGAGUACCUAUACUUCCUUCUCCUUUGUGAAGCUUUGCUAAUUCAAUUUGUGUACCAAAGGCAGCCAAAGCUUUACAAAUACUGGAUCUGUGUAGAGGUUAUAUGCUAUGCUUUUCACUGAAGAACAAUACAAGAAGCAGUGAACAUU